AUGAGGUAUGAAGACGCGUUUUCCGUGGAAUCUAUUGAUACGACCUGGAAUAUAGAAAACUAUCGCCAAGCAUGCGAUAUGAAAUCGUUGUGGAAUCUGAAGAAAUGGUUCAUGGAAUUGCACAAAGAAAGCAUUGAGGAAGAUGAGCUGAUUCCUCUUGCGCAUGCUUUCGCUAAUGUUGAAGCGUUUGGUUGUACGUAUCCACCUGAGCUAAUGGAACGUGUUACAGAGCUCGGGGAACCCAUCGCAAGAGUUUAUCGCAAUUUAAAAAAAUCCAAGUGCACCCGUACCUUAGUGUCCACGAAGGCAGCUAUGGCAUCCUCGCACGAGAAUUACGAAGACAACAUAGAAAUCGAACCCGAGUCGGUUGAAUUAUCUCAGAUGCAGAUUGCAAGAAUACGUCCGAUUUUCCCGAUGUGCUCUGUAGCGGAUUUAUUCCAGAACAUUGUAGUGGUCAACAAUUCACUAAGAGAAACAAAUGAAUGGUUUGAGCGACUAGGAGGAGGUAGUAUUACGUUAAUGAUGAACCCAUUAGCUUACAGCGUAUACGAUAUAAGAAUUUAUGCAGCAAACCAUUUCAUCGCAAAAGCAAUCGGUCCGUAUCAUACUGCGAACGCGCAAUGUAUCGCACAAUCACUGGAGAUACUUAAAAGUAACUGCUUUCAAGUAAACUAUAAACAACCCUUCCCUUGCCUUUACUACAACGUCGAGAGGCUUUUGCAUGAAUCGGAUAACGUGGAGAGUGUGGGUAGCCUGAAGCAGAGUAAUAUUGGGUAUCGCAUGCUUCAAAAACUUGGCUGGACUGGUGGCCCACUAGGACACAAAAAAACGGGUAUUGUGGAUCCGAUUGAAAUAACCAUCAAAAAUGAUCGCCGGGGGCUUGGUUGUAACAAGAUCACAAAAAAGAAACGAACGGCAAAAACGGAAGAAGAUGGAUGCAACAUAGAUGUAGAAUUCUAUGAAGAACUGAUGAAAGCGUUUUUAUCCCGUACACCCUUCUACGAUCUCAUAUUUUCACCCGAAUUCACCGAUAAGGAACUAACCAUUCUGGCUAAACUAGCUACGCAGUACCGUAUUUAUUACGAGAUUCGUCAAUACGAAACGGGGCAGGUUCAAUUUGUUAUUCUCCGUUACCCUCUAUCACCGCACGAAGUUCUUACACAGGCUUUGAAAGAGAAGAACCCGAUGGUACUGAAGUUCUACGACGUCGUAUCUCCAAAAAUAGGAUUUUUUCCUAAAUGA